AUGGCAAAUCCGCUUCGUCGAACUCUCUGUAGAUUAUCAUUAUCUUCCCUUUACAAUCAUCCUCUCACUUUCAGCAGGAAAAUUCUUCAAAAACCACCGCCGUUUUCACCUUUUCUAAGGCCUGCAUAUCAGCUGCAAACACCACACAAUUCUUGGCUUGAAAGUUUUGGCUGGCAAAAGAGAAGCUUCAGUCAUGGUUCAGUUAGUUUGGUUAUAUCACCCCAGGGAAGCCCCCAGUUUGAGACUCAUGAAAUCGAUCCCCCGAAAAAGGAAAAGUGGCAGACAAAGAAAAGGCUGAAGGUUCAGAGAAAGAGAGAGAAGCAGAUGAGAAAGGCUGCGAAUAAGAGAGAUCCCAGAAGGCUCGGAGUCAAGGGCAACAAAAAGAGGAAAAGGUUUGCAAAUGCAGAGGAGAGGAUCAAAUACAAGCUUGAAAAUGCAAGAAUCAAGGAAACCUUAUUAAUUGAAAGGCUGAAGAGGUAUGAAGUCCCAAAAGCUGAGGGCCCUGCAGUUGAACCCCAUGUUUUAACAGGCGAGGAACGGUUUUACAUGAAGAAGAUGGCCCAGAAAAGAUCCAAUUAUGUCCCGAUUGGCAGAAGAGGGAUCUUUGGAGGGGUUAUUCUCAAUAUGCAUAUGCACUGGAAGAAACAUGAAACCGUUAAGGUCAUUUGCAAACCUUGCAAGCCCGGCCAAAUUCAAGUGUAUGCAGAUGAAAUUGCUCGGCUAAGUGGUGGGGUCCCUAUCCAGAUAUAUGGGGAUGACACGAUUAUUUUUUAUCGAGGAAAGAACUAUGUGCAGCCAAAGGUCAUGUCGCCUGUGGAUACUUUAUCAAAGAAACGGGCACUGGAAAAAUCAAAAUAUGAACAAUCUCUAGAGUCCGUAAGACGUUUUAUUGCGAUUGCUGAGAAGGAAUUAGAGCUAUAUUACCGGCAUGUUGCUCUAUAUGGCGAUCCAAACGAUAGGGAUCCCAAAUCAGUUCUCGAUAAUCCAAGGACCAAAAGUAGAUCCCAAAAAGUUAGACUUAGGGACAGCACUAAUUCUUCACUUACAGGUGAGACCUUGGAAGGUCUUUCUACAGCGACUAGUGGUUAUGUUGAUCAAGAAGCCUCGGAAUAUGAGGAUGGGAGAAUUUGUUUAGGUGAUUCAGAUUAUGAGGAUGCUGAUGUGUUUAUUGAAGAUCUGGUUUCUUCUUCUGAAGAGUAA